CCGCUGCCCUGCUCUCCACCUCCUCCAGACCUCCACCAUGGACGAGCCGCCGCUCCAUCCACCGCCCCUCCCCCAUGCCCUCACCACCGCCGAGUAACACCUCCUCGCCGCCGCCCUUGCCUUGACGGAUUCGAAUAAUUCGUGGAAGAGAAGUUCUUAUUCCCUUGCCUUCAGCCGUACUGCGGCGGCGGAAUCUCUCUCUGGACUUCUCCCCGAUGUCCGUGGCGGCCGAGCAGGAGGUGGCGCCGGCCGUCGUGGCCGUGGCCGAGGCGGAGGAGUGGGAGGUGUGCGCCUGCUGCGGGCUCAGGGAGGAGUGCACGCCGGCGUACGCGGCCGGCGUGCGCGCGCGGUACGGCGGGCGCUGGCUGUGCGGGCUCUGCGGCGACGCCGUGGGCGAGGAGGUCGCCGCCGGGGGCGGCUCGGUGCUGGAGCUCGAGGCAGCGAUCGCGGGGCACGCCGCCUUCUGCCACGCGCUCGGCGGGCGCCGGACGCCGGCCGCGGCCGAGCGGCUCAUCGCCGCGGUGCGGCGGCUGCUCCGCGGCGCCGACGCGGGCGGCAAGGAGGAAAAAGCCGUGGUGGUGGUGGAGUUCCAGGAAGCCUCUUGACCGCCUGCCUGAAUUUGAAUGGGACGGAUCGAAGAUUUGUUCUUGCAGGCGGCGCUAGCUAGCUACUCUGCUAGUCCUCUUUUCGUAAUUUGCAUUUUGAUUAGUUCUCAAUAUUUGUAUGCUUAAAUUCGGACAUGAACGCUGAAAUUUCUCCAACCCUUGUACACGCCCUAGGAGAUGUGGAACAUCAGAAAUUUUGGAGAAAGAGGGUUGUGAGAGAUUUGAAGUAUAUAUAAAAGCUACAAGAUGGGAGAAUCCCAUCUUUCAUGUC